AUGGCGGGCGCGUUCCCUUUCUACGGUCGGGCUGAACUUUCGGACUUACUGCUUCGUCUCCAUGCUCCCGGCUCCCCCGUAGAGGAAAUCAGGGCGCACAAAAUAGUGCUCUGCUUGCACUCCUCUUUGUUAAGAGAAUGUCUCAUAGAGGAAGGCGUGAGCACCUUGGAUGUAGUCGAGCGUGAGCCAAAGGCGUUCAAGGCCAUGUUGCAGUUCCUCUACACUUCCAACUAUGACUACGAGACCGAAAACCUCGCUGCCGUUAAUAAUUUCGAGCCGUCUGAAGCCCCCACAAGCCACGUCGUAGCUUUUCACCUCGGAAAGAAAUACGGCGUCCCCAGGCUGUGCAAGGCGGCUAUUGCUGGUAUAGAUCAGCUAUUCAGCAACUGGAACAAGAGGAAGUCUGUCAACAAAGACAGAGGCAGCCUGAGCAUUCCUGUCCGAAAGCGCUGGUGGAUUGCGAAGUUGAAGACCACUGUCAGCAUUCACUAUAUGGGCCCGUAUGUUUCUGGAGACUACAGCAAAUCAGAGAUGGGUGUCGCAAUUGCGAGGGCGGCCAUCUUCCCGCACUGCCUAUCGGACGACGACUUGGUUGAGCUCUUCGCACUGUCCCCAAUCUUCGCCAUCGACGUCGUGCUCGCGCUUAGAUAUCAAGCGAAGAAUGCUGGUCGCCGCGGAGAAAUUCUAGGUGAUGGAGACGACACUACAUGA